AUGGCCGCCACCGGAUUCAACUCCAAAGCGUCGCCGCUGGAGCCACACCCGAUCAGGGCUUUCAUAUCCAAACGUGAGACCGGCGAGAACUCAGAGUCCAGCUUCGAGGCCACCACCACGACCGUGCAGCACGUCCUCAGGAUCAAAGGAUACCCAGCGCUGAGCGAGAUCUACCCAAACGGCAAAGGCUUCAGGUCGGACUCCUUCCCCGUGGGAGGCACGAGGUGGCACAUCGACUUCUUCCCCAAUGGCGACAACCCGGAGAGAGCCGGCUUCGUGUCCGUUUUCGCCGUUCUCGAUCGCACCGGCACCGGGGUCUCCACCAUGGCCAAGGUCGGGUUCGACCUGCUCGACCAGGCCACCGGAGAGCCCGUGCCGCGCUACGCUAGGGCCGGCAACAUCCACGAUUUUACCCAGCUGGGUGAAUACUGGGGCUUUGGCGACUUCAUCAAGCGGGAAGAGCUCGACAAGGACAAGGACUUGCUCAAGGACGGCACUGCUCUCUCCGUCAGGUGCAACGUCAUGGUCCUGGAUUUCCUGGCAGCCCCCGCCAUGCCGCCGCCACCGGACUGGCCACUGCACAUGCGUGACCUCCUGCACAGCGGGCAGGGCGCGGACGUGAGGUUCCUGGUCGGCGAGGAGACUUUCGCCGCGCACCGGUGCCUGCUGGCGGCGCGGUCGCCGGUGUUCAAGGCGGAGCUCUACGGGCCAAUGAUGGAGGGCGCCACCCACAGCAUACGGAUCAACGGCAUGAGAGCGGAGGUGUUCAAAAACUUGCUGCAUUUCGCAUACACCGACUCGCUGCCGCAAUCGGAGACGGAGCACCAAGACGACGACGACGACGUGGUGGUCGCGAUGGCCCAGCAUCUCAUGGUUGCUGCGGACAGGUAUGCCAUGGAGAGACUCAAGCUGGUCUGCGAGGACAUGCUACGCCGGAAAAUCAGCGUGGCGACGGCGGCGACCACUCUGGCCUUGGCUGAGCAGCAUGGCUGCCACAGGCUAAAGGAGGCGUGCUUUGAGCUCAUCCUCAGGUCUCCAACCACACUAGAUCAAGCCCUGACACCAGAUGACUUGGAUCAUCUCUCCAAAACCUGCCCUUCUCUUCUGAAUGAGUUGACCUCCAAGCAUGCCGCCAUUUAUUCUAAUCUCAACAAUGAAAAGCCGGAGAGAUCGCUUCCUUCAUCAAAUAGAAAAAGGAGAAGAGCACCGACACCAAGCUCGGGGGCGGCCACCGUUCGCCACACCCGCCGGCGCCCCGCUCCAACAACCUAA